GAAUAUGAAGAGUCUGGUGGUCCUGUAGAUAUCGUCACUUGUGAUCUAUCCGAAGAUGACUCAAACAGAAAGUAUGCUCUUCAUCAGGCUGAGAAUGUAGAAAGUGAGUAUAAAGUUUCACUGAGUAAUCCUGGAGAAGCUCCUUCAGAUCCAACAGGGUCCUCAAAUGACCAGGAACCUGAACAUCCUCAACGCCCUUCCUCAUGGGUGGAAGAUGCACUUAUCGAACUUUAUUUGGCUGGUUAUAAACAAGAGCCCAGUUAUUCCAGCUAUAAGAUGACUUCAGGGGAAAGUACUCAGGAUCAUCAUAUGUUGUCAGCUAAUGGUCUUUGC